AUGAUUGUCAUCACAGCAAUUGGCAACAUGUUAGUGUGCUUGUCGGUGUGCCUCGUAAGAAAAUUGAGACGUGCUCCAAAUUUUCUGUUGGUCUCCCUUGCUGUGUCUGACUUGUGCGUUGCCCUCCUUGUAAUGCCAAUAGCACUUCAUUAUGAACUCACAGGUGACUGGCGCCUUGGUGCAACAAUCUGCAACAUGUGGGUAGCCUUCGACAUCACCUGCUGUACAGCUUCUAUUUUAAAUUUAUGCAUGAUUUCCGUCGAUCGUUACUUAGCUAUUACAAAACCCCUCACGUACGGUGUACGACGACGAUCCAGGCGUACCUACGUCAGCAUAGGUCUUACUUGGGUUAUGUCAACCUUGGUGAGUGUACCACCGUUGCUUAUUCUCGGAAAUGAACAUGGAACCGAGGACAACCCUACUUGUGAUGUAAGUCAAAACUUUGGAUACCAGCUCUAUGCCACGCUUAGUUCUUUUUACAUUCCUAUGUUGGUCAUGGUAAUGAUGUACUGCAAGAUAUAUCUCGCGGCGAAACGCGUUGUCGAAUCAGACAAGAAAGGCCGCCUUGUUGCUCAAAGAUAUCUUCCCAAAAGUGGUAGUGGACAUUCCGGACAAUAUUCUUCAAAUCACCGUAGAUCUUUGUCGAUUGAAAAAGGCGACGGCAACGCUAACAAGAUGUGCACUUUAGAAGCAUACAAAGUAGGCGAUAGAGCCGUGACUGGUGUCUAUCGUCCAAAGAUUUCAGCAAUCGUGAAAGAUAGAAAAGCUUCUAUAACCUUAGGAAUCAUAAUGACUGCCUUCGUAGUUUGUUGGCUGCCGUUUUUCGUAGUUGCGCUGUUGAGGUCUCUUUUCACAAAUUUAUGGGUGCCACAUGUUGUUCGAAGUUGUGUGUUAUGGCUAGGAUAUACAAAUUCUAUGCUCAACCCUAUUAUAUACGUUACGUUUCACCAGGACUUUAGAAGAUCGUUUAAAGAAAUGUUGUGCUUUCGAUGUCACUUGGUUAAUGAGACAUUUAGAGAAGAAGCCUAUAGGGACCAGUAUGGUGACACACCACUUUGUUCAGGACCUUUUCCUCCGACGUGGCCAUCGCCAAACUUCAAGGCAUUUCCAAGCACCGCGCCAAGAACUUCAAUAUGUGGUACUUCACGUAAGCUCGAUACCUGUAAUACGAAUAGCAAACAGAUGCAGAACACUUUUAUGUGA